AUGGGGAAGUUCACUGGUAUCAACGUCAUCAUGUUUUACGCACCAGUCCUCUUUAAGACUAUAGGCUUCGGUGAUGAUGCAGCUCUUAUGUCUGCUGUCAUCACUGGACUCGUCAAUAUGUUUGCCACUUUCGUCUAUAUUUGCACAGUCGAUAGAGUAGGUCGAAGAAUGUUAUUCCUCGAAGGUGGAAUUCAGAUGCUUAUCUGCCAGAUCCUAGUAGGAGUCAUACUCGGCAUGAAAUUUGGAGUAGAAGGUGUUGGAUCCAUGUCGAAGUCGAGCUCAUAUCUAGUACUGGUUUUGAUCUGUGCUUAUGUUGCGGCGUUUGCAUGGUCAUGGGGACCCUUGGGUUGGUUGGUUCCAAAUACAAAGGAUUAUGGUGGGAAGAUUACCAUGUUUGUGCUUAUGACUUGUCUAGUGGCCGCAACCGGUGGUCUCAUCUUCGGUUAUGACUUGGGAAUUUCAGGAGGAGUGACGUCCAUGGAUGUUUUUCUGGAGAAGUUAUUUCCUUCAGUAUACAAAAAGAUGCAAGAUGAUACCGGUAGAACAAACCAAUACUGCAAAUUUGAUAGUCAGUUGUUAACAAGCUUUACUUCUUCUCUGUACAUUGCGGCUUUGGUUGCUUCAUUUGCUGCCUCUAUAACAACAAGAAUAUUUGGAAGAAAAGUUUCAAUGCUUACAGGAGGGAUUAUAUUCUUAAUUGGUUCGGCCUUAAACGGUGCUGCCACAAAUGUCACAAUGCUCAUCCUCGGACGAACAUUACUCGGUAUAGGUGUAGGUUAUGCCAACCAGUCUGUUCCAGUUUAUCUGUCCGAGAUGGCACCUGCAAAACUGAGAGGGGCCCUCAACAUGGGAUUUCAGUUAGCUAUCACAAUUGGAAUAUUGGCAGCAAACCUAGUGAACUACGGUACAGCCAAGAUCAAGGGUGGAUAUGGAUGGAGAGUUUCAUUGGCUCUGGCAGCUGUACCAGCAAUCAUAAUGACUGUUGGUGCCAUUUUCCUUCCGGACACCCCAAAUUCACUCCUUGAAAGAGGUCAUCAAGAGAAGGCUAAAACUAUGUUGCAGAAAAUCCGAGGAAACCAAGAGGUCGAAGAAGAAUAUCAAGACCUUAUUGAGGCAAGCGAGGCAGCAAAGAAGAUUGAACAUCCAUGGAGGAACAUAUUGCAGCCAAGAUACAGGCCUCAGCUUAUCAUGUCCAUUAUGAUUCCAUUCUUCCAACAGUUCACCGGUAUUAACGUCAUCAUGUUUUAUGCACCAGUCCUCUUUAAGACUAUAGGCUUAGGUGAUGAUGCAGCCCUUAUGUCUGCUGUUAUCACUGGACUCGUCAAUAUGUUUGCCACUUUUGUUUCUAUUGGCACAGUUGAUAGAGUUGGUCGAAGAAUGUUAUUCCUUGAAGGUGGAAUUCAGAUGCUCAUCUGCCAGAUCUUAGUAGGAGUCAUACUCGGCAUGAAAUUUGGUGUAGAAGGUGUUGGAUCCAUGUCCAAGUCGAGCUCCUAUCUAGUAUUGGUCUUGAUCUGUGCUUAUGUUGCGGCAUUUGCAUGGUCAUGGGGACCCUUGGGUUGGUUGGUUCCAAGUGAAAUUUUCCCUCUAGAGAUCAGAUCAGCAGGACAAGCCAUCAACGUAUCAGUCAACAUGUUCUUUACCUUUAUCAUUGCCCAAGUAUUCCUUACCAUGCUUUGUCACAUGAAGUUUGGUUUAUUCUUCUUCUUUGGCGGCUUCGUCUUGAUAAUGACUCUCUUCAUUUUCUUCUUGUUGCCUGAGACGAAGAAUGUACCAAUUGAAGAAAUGAAUAACAUAUGGAAAAAACAUUGGUUCUGGGGUAAAUACAUCCCAGAUGAUGCUAUCAUUGGUGUCCACCACACAUCCACUAAGGUUUCCGAUCACUGAUCAUAGUAUCGCAAUGUCAACCUACGUGCUUUUGGUGGAUUCAACUGCUUUGGUUCCAUAUUUUCAAGUCUAGCUCUGGCAAUAGCAGUUCUUGCAAGCAAUUGACUGUACAUAGAAGUUGAAACUUGAAUAGACAAAAAAAUAGUGCAGUUGAAAGCAAUAUAAAAGAUCUGAGCGGUCAGGACUAGGUAUCGGCUAUCUAUGUCAGGCCACACGAGAUGUACAUUCUGUUGAUUUGUAUUUUUUUAUUCUCAUAAGUUUAGUUGGACAUCAUCUCAGACUUAAUUGUUGUCAAAGAUUUUAUCAACUGAAUACAACGAGUAGCUACUUUUCUUUCAAAUGCAACUGACCAAUUAUCAUUACAUCAUGUACGUUGACUUGUCGAUUUCAGUUCAAAAUUCCAAUAACUCUACCCAAACCAUAAUAAUUCCCAUGGUGAUAUGACAUAAUUUUAAGGCUUGGGUUUGAAUUCCUAAAUCCCACCAGUUAUUGACGUUCAUGUCAUAGAUUUAUGGUUGUUCCUAAAAAGUUCAUACAGAAGAAACGUAGCAUAACUUCUGUUCAGGGCCUUUCGAGUUUAUUUCCUAUGAAGACCAUUUUCACAUUUAUGACAUAACCCCCUACUGAUUGAUUUUCAUUUGGUGGAAAGUCAACAACCAAACACCUAUGUGAAGUCAAGCAUACAACUAGUACUUACACAGUUACAUUCACCUACAAAACUUGGUUGUUUACGCAGACAUCAGUGUACACAGAAUCGAAUGUGAAUUCAACAUACAGACAUAAAACUCUUAUCUCCAAAGUGUGCAUGUCUAAUAUGGUACACCAGUUCAGACCUAUUGUUCUGUGUAGCUUAUUUUAAUUAUAAAGUAAUCUCUAAGACUUUAGCCACCCAAAUUAAGCCUUGGAUGGAUAAGUUGAUUUUCUUAAAUCAAAGCGUGUUUGUCCCAGAGACAAAUAUAUAUCUGAUUGUGUCAUGUUAGCCCAUGAGAUCAACCUUGCUGCUCUUAAACUAAGAUUUUUGAUAAGCAGGAGUUAUCAUUUCUUACAAAUCCAUGGCUAGACUAGUCUUUAAUGCCAAAUGGUGUCAAACAAUAAGUAACUACUUUCUACUGUAUCUUUUUAUCAUGCUACAUGGUGCCCUCUAUGACCACUUUACACCUGAAAGCAGGCAAAGACAAGCAGACCACACACCUUCGUAUCUCUACAUCCUAUGUGUUGAAGCUUCCUCAUCUCACUUAUUGGCCCUUAAAACCUCUGAUUUUAUCCACGGUGUUAAAGUGUGUAUAUAUG